AUGGAGAAAGGAGGAGGGUCAGUUCCUGCGUCAGUGCCUUUCUUCCUUCUGUCCUUUUGCUCCCUAUUUUGGCCUUCUGGUUUGAUCUUGCUCUUCUACCUAGUCUUUUAUGGGUUCCUGGCUGCACUCUUUUCAUUCACAAUGUGGGUUAUGCUUCAGACUCUGAAUGAUGAGGUUCCAAAAUACCGUGACCAGAUUCCUAGUCCAGGACUUAUGGUUUUUCCAAAACCAGUGACUGCUUUGGAUUAUUCAUUCAGCAGGUCUGAUCCACAGUCGUAUAAAGGGUACAUUGAUGACCUUAAGAAGUUUCUAAAGCCAUAUGACUUAGAAGAACAGAAGAAUCUCACAGUUUGUACUGAUGGAAAACUGAAUGAACAGAAGGGCCCAGUUUACGUUGCAUGUCCGUUUCCUCGUGCCUUACUUGAAGCAUGCAGUGGUGUGGAUGACCCCGACUUCGGCUACUCCAAAGGAAGCCCUUGUAUUCUUGUGAAAAUGAACAGAAUAAUUGGAUUAAAGCCUCAAGGAGAACCAAGGAUAGAAUGUAUUUUGAAGAGUGAAAAAACAACAGUUCUAGCCACUUACCCUCCCAAUGGAAACAUAGACUUAAAAUAUUUUCCGUAUUAUGGAAAGAAACUGCAUGUGAACUAUCUACAGCCACUAGUUGCUGUCCAGGUCACCUUUGAAACUAACAAUGCCAUAAAUGAAGCCACAGUUGAGUGCAAGAUUGAUGGAUCACCCAACCUAAAAAACCAGGAUGAUCGCGACAAGUUUUUAGGACGAGUUGCAUUCAAAAUCACCGCACGUCCAUAGUAGGAAUUACAGUAUCUCCACAGAGUAAAUGUUGUGUUGUCUGUCUUCAUUUUGUAUCAGCUGGACCUGUCAUUCCAGAAUUAUGAGACCACCUUGGAGAAAGGUGGAGUGGUACAUGACACUGGGGUAACAUCACAACGUGCUUCCAGAUCAUAGUGUUCAGUGUCGUCCGAAGUAACUGCCUGUUGCCUCUGCUGCCUUUUGAACCAUGUUGAACCCUGUACAGUCACUAGAUGGGGACUGUGAGCACCUGGUUCUGAACAUGGAGGAUGGGGAGGUCUUGUCCAGUUUUUAUGUGGUUUAAUUGCCAAGUGUCUAAAGCUUAAUGUGCUGUGCUAUGUAAAUAUUUUAUAGAUUUAACACUGGUUAACUGUCAUACUUUGAUGCCAGCAAAGUUUUAGGGGAUAAAAUGAUACCUGGCCAACAUCUAAUGACUUUAUAGCCGCAAGAAAUGUGGUGUGUGAAGAAAUUCUGUAGAAGGAAAAUAAAAAUGGAUUUGAAAGGUU